AAAAUAAAACAUCGUCUAUGCUAUAUCAUCAGAGAAACUUCGCGUGUGUGAUUCUGUGAAAUUAUUUUUAAUUCAGUUUAAUUAUAGAUUUAAGUUUUAUUUAUAUGUCUCAAACUUAGUGUGGAAGGUGCAGACGCAAAAUCUACACUCAUCACACAUUGCAAAGAAUGCGGAAACAUGUGUUUUGAUGUGAACAUUAAUGGUGAUCGGUGAUGACACCUAUGUGAAUACAAGUCAACAAAUUGUGAUUUUUGUUGGUUUAAUAUUUUGAGACUGCGUUUUGCGAGUGUUAAGUUUGCGGCGCGUACCAUUUGUGGAUACGGGACUUGUUGUAUGGGCGUUGUGGUGCCGGCAGAUGUUAUGAACUGUACUGUUUAGGUACUUCCGGCCGUAAUGUCUUGGGUAUUCUAAAACUGCUGAAAGCCAGGAUUGCAUAUCUCACAUCCUCGGCAUGGCGGACCCAGGGAUCGGGUCUUUUGACCACAAUGACAUGUCCAGCUGGUACUUCAGCGACAUGUCCAGGGCGGAGGCCACUAAACUCCUGCUCAAUGAGACCGAGAGCGGCGUGUUCCUCGUGAGGGACUCCAAGACUAUACAGGGUGAUUACGUGCUCUGCGUCAGGGAAAACGACCGCGUCUCCCACUACAUCAUCAACCCGGUCGUCUCACCAGAGGGUGUGACCCGGUACAGGAUAGGCAACCAGCUGUUCUCGGACAUGCCGGCGUUGCUGUCGUUCUACAGGUCGCACUACCUGGACACCACGCCGCUGGUGAGGCCGCUGCCCAGGCCUUCGUCGAAGGCGCCGCAGCCGCAGCAGGUGCUGGAGAUUGUCAUCGCGAAGUUCGACUUCCUGGGCAGUGACGCAGACGACCUCCCCUUCCGCCGUGGUGAGAAGCUGAUGGUGAUAAACAGGGACGAGGACCAGUGGUGGACGGCCAGGAACGCCCAGGGUCGCACGGGAUCCAUACCUGUUCCUUACGUGCAAAGGAUUCUUGACGCGAUGGGCGCCCCGUGCCCCGCGGGGGAGCUCCCCGUGGACCCGCCCUCGCCCCACAACAACAAGCAACACACCAACAUGCAGCGCCCCCUGCCGGCGUUGGCUCGCGUGAGACAGUCUCGGGUCCCCAAUGCCUACGAUAAGACCGCCUUAAAACUAGAAGAAGGAGACAUUGUUAAGGUUAUAAAAAUGAACAUGAACGGCCAAUGGGAGGGAGAGCUGAACGGGAAGAUUGGCCAUUUCCCGUUCACGUACGUGGAGUUUAUAGACGACGUGAACAGCUAAGCCCCCCCCCGCCGAGGUCAGAUCUGAGGUCGAAAUAGGUCAAGGGAAUUGUGACCGUGGAAAUAUAACCAACCUUGAAAGAAGUACUCGGUUGAGAAAAACUUCAUACAUAACGUAUGUACAUAUAUAGUAUAUUACUUCAAUUUUGAAUGAAACACUCACUAAGGGAAACUUCAUAUUUAUGUAUAUAAAAUCACACCUCUCUCCCGGAGGGAUAGGCGGAGAGUAAAUCUUACCAUUUAUACUACUUUAUUGUAAGUAUACAAGAAAAUUAUAGACAUGAAUAAUUAGCUUGGAAUUUUUCGGUACUUCAAAAUUUUUAAUGAUGCAAUCAAACAGAUGGAGGGGAAUAAAAAAAAACUUUCUAGCCGGCAUCACGUCACGCAUCCCUAGCGGGGUAGACAGAAACACCAGUAUUGAUAAGACUGAAGGGCCAUGUUUAGCUGUAUGGCUAUAUAAUGGAAUUGAGAUUCAAACAGUGACAGGUUGCUAGCCCAUCGCCGACAAGAAGAAUCCCAAGUUUAUUAGCCUUUUUUUUAUUUUUUAUGUAUUUUGUAUUUUUUAGUUUAUUUUCAAGUUUGGUUAUAUUUCCACGGUUCUCACUGGACAAAAUAUGAUAAAGUUCUGUCAAAAUAGGCUUUUAAAAGCUAAAACUAGUUACAACCAGAUCAAAAUGAUUUGACGCUAGUUAAAAAUAUGUUUUUGACAUGACAUAGAUGUAAUUUAUUUGAUGUUAAAAACGCGCACAUUCAUCGACACAUAAUACAUAUAUAUCACGUCUUUAUCCUUCACGGGAUAGACAGGAUAGGUCUAUAUAGCUAUCUCUUAGUUUUUGUUAGCUCAAAAUAGUUUUUAUAUUAGUUCAAAAUAUCUGUGUGCUUGUUCAAAUAUGUUUGUGUUACUUCAAAAUUAUUUAAUACCAAUUUAGGUCCAUAAUUACAUAAAUCGUAAUUCAAAAGAGGAAACUGCUUGUUCAAAAUGUGUUUCUGAUAUAGACAUAACCUUUAUUCAUUCAUUCAAAAUAUUUAUUUGGCCACUUCACACUAUUCCAUGUUUUUCCCAAGCAAAUAAGUUAUUUUUAUAUUUAAAAAGAUUUCUUCAUUUACAAACAUAUAGAUAUGUUUUAAAGAUUUUUACAAAUAUGUUUUCAAUCAAAAAUUGUGAAAUAUUGAGAUUAUUGGGAACUUGUAUUUUUUUUAUGUGUAUUUAUUUGUAUGUAACAUAUGCGAAGGUUUUAUGUGUAACAAUAGCGUUUAAUUUAGUAAUAACAUAUACAGUAUUGUGAAUAAUAGUUGUAUAACCAUCUAAAAUGUAAUCCCUGUUGAUAAAGUUGAAAAUUGAUCAGACAUUUUGUAUACUAGAGGCCGCCCGCGACUUCGUCCGUGUGGAAUAUAUCCCGCGGGAACUCCGGGAUAAAAGUAGCCUAUAUGUUAUUCUGGUCGUUUCAGUAAAUUUCAUCGUAAUCAGUUCAGUAGUUUUUGCGCGAAAGAUUAAAAAUCAUCCAUAGUGACAUCCUGACAUACUCAAUGGGGUAUUACCACUUGAAAGCAUUUUACAGCAUUUUAUGAAAAAAAAAAUCGCACAAAAUUCAUGUAUUUGCAUGCAUGGCUAUGUUGAUUACUCUUAAGACUUUGUAUGUCAAACGUGUUUGCUCUGAGGGUUACAUACAUGUAUAUGUCAUAUCUUUUUCUCUUUUUAUCUACUAGGUUAAUCUCAAAGUUUGAAAAAAACAGAAGGAUAUACGUAUGCCUUUGUCGGCGUUCGUGACCUGCUGAACGCAUUUUCCGAUUGCGACGUGUCGCAUCGUGUCGCGUCGCGUCGCAAUUGUUCCAUACUUUCAGAGAUUUAAGAAUUAUUGGUUAGAAAUCUGACCACGUAUUGUACCUAAAUGAGUCGCGUAAGAUUGAUAUUAAUAACACCAAUUUUCAUUUACAUAUGGCAGGGUUACCAUUUUUUUUUUCUAUUGACUAAAAUGUUUUAUAUUUACGUCGGUAUGCGUGAAAAAUUUGUGACGUCAUCAUAGCUUCAGUUCUGGUUCUUCCUUGAGUCUUCGAUUGCAAUAUUUUGGAGCCCAAGGCAAUUUAUGUCGUUCUAUCUUGGCAUCCACAUAAAAUUCAUAGUAUAUGAUCAUCCUCGAUGUAAAGGUAGGGCCUGAACUGAAUUCUAAUGUUUAAUCUUUGGGUAAUUUACGGCAUUUGACAAGGCAUUAGCUUCGCUUUCUCUCUGGGUUCGAUUAACAGAAGAGAUAUUAUUUAGAGAAAGUUAUCUUGUCAAUAUUUCGUGAAUAAACCUACAGCUGUCAAAAGUUAAAACUGUUGUGUUGCCAUAUCACAACAAAAGUAUCGAUUGUAAUCGAUUUCAUUUUUAAAAAAUGAACGAAAUAUUCUAUUACAGCUGAAAUGCUUUGCAAUGCGUUUGCUAACAGCUCUAUAACUUUUCAUUAGGAAUUGAUACACAAUAUACAUCGAAGUUGUCAUGACUGGUUAUAUAUUCGAUUUUUGUACUGAGUAAAUGUGUUUUUAAAUUGAUACUGCAAAUCUCAUAUAUGUAAUUAUUUUUAUUCAAAGUGAUAUGGAUAAAAAAAUAUGUUAAGUCUUCAGAGAUAAUAGGAAUAAUAAAACGACUAACGAAUUAUCUGUUCCGAAUGAUCUAUAAUUACUGGCUAACCAAAUUUGCGUUAAAGCUAUUAAGUUUAUAUAGAUUUUGAAAGAAACGAUGCAUCCCACCCAAACAAAAGCAAAUAUUUGAAGUGUCAAUUUAGAUUCACUAAGAAUGAAAAGGUUAAUGUAUAGAUACGCUACAUAGUAUGCAGUUGCAUAAGGAUAGUUGCAAAUGUUCAGGUUUGAACUGUUAACUGUAAAGAUAAGUUUGUAUAGCUUUUUUUAAUAACGAGUUCAGAUCACGCACAUUAUUGUUGUAUUUUCAUGUUUAGAUUUAUUUUACCAUUGAAAAUAUUAUUUAUAUUUGAUAUUUACACCCAGAUUUUUUUUACUACCUAUGGAGUGUUUAUUUUAUUAAAAUUUGACGCUCGUAUUUACAAGUCUGGAGCGUAUUGCUUUACGACUGAUAAAAAAUAAUUAUGUAACUUAUAAAAAUAUAUUAAUCAUAGCUAUUGAAAAUUAAUGUUAUAAUGGUGCAUUUUACUAGACUUCAGUAAUUUUGCGAUUUAUUAAUAAUUGUACGUUAAAACAUUAUCUACAAAAACACAAUAAGUUAACAUUUUGUGUAUUUUUAAGAAGAUAUUUUUGAUGUGUGUGACCAGAUCUCCUAACCACUACGAAGUAAUUCUUCCAAAAUAUUAUAGUCAAUCAAUAUUUUUAUAUAUCUGCUGGUGCAAGACAAUUAUUGUAUUUAGUUAAGUGUAAUGUGUAAGAGGUUUCGCCAAGUUCUGUUAUAUUUUAAAGGAAAUAUUGACAGUGUCAGCAUUCAUCUUCAUAAUUUUCAGUUUUUUUUUUUUAUUGUUUCUAAGCCGAUUUCAAUACCUACAAAAACAGAUUUGUGUGAAUUCUUUUUUUUUUAUAUCUUAUAUGUUAAAAAAAAAUUACAGAACCUGGCGGCUACUGUCAAAAGUAUUGAUUUUAUUAAUCAUAAAACGUAAAGCUCCUCACUUAAACGUAAAACUGGGGAUGGUACAUACCAAAUGUUGUUAAUGUUGUAUAGAAUCACUAUGCAAAAUAUAUUUUGAGAUUACGUGUCAUAUAAUAUUGUAUGUAUAGUACACUUAAGUCAUAUUAAGCGAAAUUUGUCUAAUUUUUUAUUAAGUUACAUAUAACGAUUUAGUAAUAAAUACGAAGGAGUAUAAUUAA